UAAAAAAAAAAAAGACGCCGCCAACAACCAACUCCAAACUUCCAAAAGGAACAAGAAGUCAAAAACUCGAUGAAAGCAAGGUAGGUGCCAGCUUCGACUAUGGAAGGGCAAGUCGGAGAAUCAUCGCCGGCAUCUUUCUCCAUAUGCCACCUCACUAUCUUAGCAUUUAUUCCAUUCCUUCUUCUUCUUCACGCCUCUCUCACUUUCCUCUUAAAACCCCCUUCGAUGCUGUCUCCUCCUUAAUUUCAUAUCCUUCCAGACCUUAGGAAUUUUAGUUUCUCUAAUAAUGUACGGCCCAGAUCGUUACUUGUUCAUUGACUCGAUCUGGGCUUCACAACAGUUGAAUCUUGAUCGUCCAUUUUUGUUGGGUGGCUUGUUUCUCAACGACCAAACACCGCCUUCCUCGCUCGUUUCGUUCAUUUCAUUAAAGACCCAGAAAAGUUUGGUAAAUAACAAUGACAAUUUGUCUUUGGGUUCGUGUUUUUUGGGUGGUGGUAAGAGCAGUAAAACGCUGCGUUCUUUUGAGCCGAGGAGAGGUGGUGGUAAAGGGGGCUGGUUUUUAUCGGUGAGCUUGUCGAGGGAUGAAGGGUAUGUUGGGGAAUCGGGAGAAACUUGGGGGCAAAAUGGGGGUAAGAAUUUGGAAGAAGAGGAACUGGUGGAAGAGGAGAAAGAGAAGGUGAAAGUGAGAAAGGGAUCAGGUGCUUUGAAUACCACCAAACAUCUGUGGUCUGGUGCUGUUGCUGCUAUGGUUUCAAGGACUUUCAUUGCUCCUCUGGAGAGACUGAAGUUGGAGUACAUAGUUCGUGGUGAAAAAAGAACCCUCAUUGAACUAAUUAAAUCUAUUGCAGCCUCAGAAGGGUUGAAAGGUUUUUGGAAAGGGAAUUUUAUCAAUAUUCUUCGCACUGCUCCUUUUAAGGCUAUCAAUUUCUAUGCUUAUGAUACUUAUAGGAGUCAACUAUUGAGAUUAUCUGGAAAAGAGGAAGCCACAAAUUUUCAGAGGUUUCUUGCUGGUGCUGCAGCAGGGAUUACUGCUACUCUGCUUUGCUUACCAAUGGACACUAUAAGAACAGUAAUGGUAGCACCUGGCGGAGAAGCAUUGGGUGGUUUGAUUUGUUCUUUCCGUCACAUGAUUGAGACUGAAGGGUUCUUUUCUCUUUACAAAGGACUAGUGCCCUCAAUUAUAAGCAUGGCACCUUCAGGUGCAGUCUUCUAUGGUGUCUAUGAUAUAUUGAAGUCAGCCUAUCUUCAUUCACCCGAGGGGAGAAAAAGAAUUCAAGACAUGCAACAAGGUGGUCAGGAACUGAAUGCAUUUGAACAAUUAGAGUUGGGUCCUAUUAGAACAUUACUAUAUGGGGCAAUUGCUGGUGCAUGUUCUGAAGCUGCUACAUAUCCAUUUGAAGUUGUGAGGAGGCAUCUUCAAAUGCAAGUCCGUGCAACAAAGUUAAGUGCAUUGGCAACUUGUGUCAAGAUAGUUGAGCAAGGUGGCAUUCCUGCUCUUUAUGUGGGAUUAAUUCCCAGCUUACUACAGGUCUUGCCAUCAGCAGCCAUAGGUUAUUUGGUGUACGAGUUCAUGAAGAUAGUUCUACAGGUGGAGUCAGCAUAGACAUUUUAUCUGCUUGCCUUAACUAUUGGGAUUGAUUGAGGCUGAGAGUGUAGUUUUAUUUCAUUAAAAGGCCUUGUCAACUUUAAAUUACUUAAAUUUACCUAUACCAUACCAUUUUAUAAAACAACAGAUGAACAAUAAUCAUUCUUGAUUUUAGUAGUUAUUUGUAAAAUUCAAUUGACAUGAUGUUGUUCUGAUGUUCAAACUCACAAGUUGCUAAUUCAACAACACAUAAACGAGUACUAUAAUAACUAAUAUUUAUA